UUUACCUACGAGAAACAGCCCUUCAUGCCGCAAUCGCUCGAGGAAAUGUUGACGUGAUUAAAACCCUGUUGAGCGAAAACCACAGUGCUAUCAAUUGUCCAAAUUCUGCGAGAAGACUCCCCUUGCACGAGGCCGUUUACGCAAAUAAUUAUAACAUUUUAGAAACACUGUUGAAGUUUGGAGUGGAUCCCAAUGUUCAAUGUGAUGAGAGAAUGUUAUCAUCGAGUACUGGUUCCCUCACAGUGGGCAUGAUGCUUCCAACUCCUUGUCCGUGUGGAUUUGCUUCUUUGCACAUCGCUGCUAAGCAUGGCUAUCAUAGUGUUGCCGAGAUGCUCAUCAAAUACAAAGCAGAUCCUGAUGCGUUUGACUGUAAUGGCUCCACGCCACUUCACAUCGCCUCCUGCCACAAUAAGCCAUCCCUUAUAACACUUCUGGUCAACAGCGGAGUAGAUAUCGAUGCAAGAAGCCUAAAUGGAUCGACACCCCUUCACAGCGCCGCGUCGUGUUUUUCAAAGGACAUUUUCGGGCAUCUGUUUGACCUGGGAUGUGAUUACCGAGCAACUGAUGACGAGGGAAUGACGGCAUUACACUAUGUGGUAAAAGAUAUAGCACACGUAGGUUUUGAGUAUUUUGCAGACUUGUACGUGACCAUUCCUAGGGGUUGGAUUGAGAAACAUUCUGGAGCCUCUGAGACGAUCAUAAGCGAAUUGGAUACUCAAUAUCCUUGGUUAAAUACCUUCAUCAAGCUUGUUGAACUGGUUAGCAGGAAAGAAAAAGCUUAUAAAAUUACUGCUUUAGCCAUGUACGACCAUAGAAAUCGAACCGUCUUCCAUAUAUUAGAAGAGAAAACCAAUGCUUUCAUCUAUCUAACAGGAAGCAAUCGCCUGAGCGAAAGUUUCCUUGUGCUCUCCUUAACUCCUUUAAUUCCUUCCUUCGACAUCGUAAUUUCUGAAAGGGUGAAGAACCGUGUUGUUGCUUUAAAUAAGCCAUACGAACAAGCUUUGGUUGCAACGUCUUUAAAGAAGGUCAUAUCGCGAGCGUAUACAUCAACAUUUACAAAGUUUAACUGCUCAGAUCUGCUUGAUUAUGUGAGACGUCAUUACGUUUAUGCCGCCAACACAUUAUUGCAAGCAGGUGUGGGCGUUAAUUGUCGAGGUGCCUCGGGGUUAACUCCUCUGCUCGUUUAUUUGCGUAUCGGUGGCCGUCAUAUGUCCAAAGUUCUUGUAAAACAUAACGUAAAAGUGGACAUUGAGUGUGGAGAUACCUUCGUGGACUCAGUCUUUCACCUAGCAUCGUAUCACAAACUGCAUUAUCUUCAUUACCUGUACGAAUAUUUAAUGGGAAAUGAUAAUUGGCAAAAAUAUUUGCAAACAGAAAAUGCAUUGUUCGACUACUUUCUGGAUAAAUACGACGAGCACGUUGACAAGCGGUAUCUGAAAACAAUUAGGACCGGCGACGGACCACUGACCUUGGCGAUUCUGUCUCAUCCGGACGGCAGUAACGUUAUAGACGAAUGUUUUGAUGCAGAGGGUUAUAACGCUCUACAUAGAGCAGCUCAGGGUGCAAACUUGGUAGCAAUUGAAAAAUUCCUUUCUUUAGGUGCUAACAUUAGUGUAAAAACUCAUGAUGGCUUCUCCCCUUUAUGGCUUUCAGUAUUAUAUGCUGUAAAAUACAGGCCUUUUUUAAACCUCGAAGUACCCAGUGCUCUUACAGCUUUAGAGGUUGAAUUUGCUUCACUUUCGGCCUUAACUAUUUUGAAUCAUCUCCAAAAAAAUGGGACAUUAGAUAUUGGCUGUAGUGAAAAACGUUCUGAUCUGACCCUUUACCACGUUGCAGCCACUCGAGGCAUGUGGCAAUUUAUUACACAUUUGCUCUCUAGCAGUAAAGUUAUCGGCGUUGAUGUGAACUGUCCCAAUAAAGAUGGUAUUACUCCAAUGUACUUGGCGAUGUUUAUUGGCGGAGACUCGUGCGAAUGGCACAGUCCAUGGUGCAUAGUUGUCGAUGUGAUAAAGAGCUACGGUGGUACUCUUCGAUAUCCCUCGCUAGAAGCAGAGUACUUCCUCAUCUACAAUAUAUUCUUUGGAAUGAAUCCUAGCAAGCUGUUUCUUGAACUUACGGAAGAUGAGAUACUAACUCUUCAGGAAGGCUGUGGGCGUGAUGAAUGCCGAAAAUACAAGGCUGCAAACGUCAACCUUUUCAGAACAUCUAACGAAAUAGAUAGAAUUCACGUCGAUUACCAGAAGAAGGUGGACAAAUGUUCUUCAUUCAUAGCAGAAUGUCCAGCUGACAUAAAAAGGGGUUUACCUCAUUUUACAAUUGUGGUGUAUUUCCUUGACCGCCAGCAGGCCCUAAAAUUUAGAUUUUUAGACACUCGAAAUUCACUUGUUACUUUCCUCGACGCUGAAAUCGAGCGACUGAAGAAGCUUUUGUUUUCGGCUUCGAGACCUCACGCAGAAAUGCCUUGUAGAAAAGCUCCGAAAGAUAACAAACCAAAGGAAGACACCAUUGAUAUGUGUUACCAGUUUCGUGGUAAACAGGAUCUCGAAACUUUACUUCACAAGUACUAUCGCAUUUACAAAGGGAACCUCGAUUUAAUCCUGGAAAAGUCAGAUGAAGUAAAAUCGCACAUGCCUGUAAAUGGUAGACUUCCACGUUUUUUAACAAAGAUGAAUUUUGCAUUAGCAGAUUACGAUACCUCUUUAAAUUGUGACUGGCAAGCAAUUGCAAUCAAGUAUGUGCAGCUUAGUUUCCAGGUACGCAAUUUGAACUAUUGGAUUCAGGUUUCCCACGAAACGUCCACAGUACCAAGCGUAUCGGGUUUUCUUUCAAAAAGAAUGGAAGGUGCUAUCCUGCAGCACUCAGAAGAGUCUCUUAAGCUUAUUUUCAAGCUUGCAUCCGGACACCCGACUGAAGCUUUUAACUAUCUAAGAAUUCUAAGAUUUACACGGCCACCUAUGUGGUAUGAAACAUUUUCUGAUGUAGGAAACUUUGGGCAGGGCAUGGGUCCAUAGGAGAGUAAUCAUUUAUAUCCAAUGACACCUAAUUUAAAGACUUUCAAAGUAUUCAAUUCGGCUAAAUUUUAAUGUACUGAUUGAUUCAUACAAAAUUACUGAGAGACAUGAUUGGAUGGACACAGCAACAGCAAGUACGCCCGAGUUUUCGGUCUAAAAGGCUCGUAGAAAAAGAUGAAUAUUUUGUCUUAGUUAAGGAAUGCAGACCGUGGAUUAAACAGGUUUAACGGGCCCUCAAUCAUUAACCGUCUGUCCGCAGUACUCGUUCACAUGUCGUAUCUGACGAUUGUUUUGGGUGAUCCUACUUUUCCUAAUUUUUUUUUACCUAUAUAAAUGAAACCUUUUUGUGAAAAUCGUUUUUACUUCGAUGUCUAAACUUGAAUUGUGGGCAAGGAGGGAUGUUGCUUUCUUGUUGAAAAUUCAACUACAAAUUUUUAUAAAUUUUUAUCAAUGACAGAUCGAGCUGCUAAAAAUAUCUUUUCAUAAUGCCUGAUCGAGCUGCUUAAAUAUCUUUUCAUAAUGCCUGAAUAACAAUAACAUCACAGCUGAAAUCAUUUUCAAAAAGUAGUAGUCCUCAAUCUUCGAAAAAUGCAACAUUUCUCUCCACAAAAUCUUCAGAUUAGGUGCGAUUACUUAAUUGACUAAUUCUUUGUAAUCCGUUUUAAGUAUUUCAGUUAAUAAUUAGAACACAGCAGUAAAAUUUGAUCAUGUAGUCCGAUCGUUCUGCUCAGAGUAUUCCGGCUGAGAAGGACUAUUGUCGGUAGUGGUGACUAAAGUUUGGACAACCAUAGCGAAAGUCAUCAUUAAAGUCCAGUGCGAGUCUUCUGAGUAUAGCUUCAGUUCAGGUUGUCCAAACUUUAGUCACUUCUACCCACCAAAGUCCUUCUCAGGUCGACUCUCACACGAACGAUGAGCCCAACACAAUCAAGGUGUGAAGCAUUUGCAAAAUCCCUAAAUGUCACUUAAAGAAAUUCAACGUAAAUUUCCGAACUAAACUCGGCAAACAACAACAAACAUAUGAAACAUAUGUAUGAACUGCGGUUAUGAAACGUAUAUGUGCACGAUCCUU